AGUGAACAAAGCAGUGGACAGGAGUUGUGGUGGGGCAGAGAGAAGCACAGUCCUCAAGAACAGGGUUGAACUUAGCAGAGGGGCUGUCAGGGAACCAGCCCGGCUCUCACCAUGCUAUCUACUGAGGACACUCUGGAGGCUGCCAUCCGGGCACUGCUUCAUUUCAGAACUCUGUUGCUCGCUGCUGUCACCUUCCUGUUCUUGGCUAACUACCUCAAAACCCGGCGUCCCAAGAACUACCCUCCGGGACCCUGGCGCCUGCCUUUUGUGGGCAACUUGUUCCAGUUGGAUGUGAAGCAGCCACAUGUAGUGAUUCAGAAGUUUGUGAAGAAGUAUGGAAACCUAACUAGCCUGGACUUUGGAACUAUCCCUUCAGUGGUCAUAACUGGACUGCCCUUAAUCAAAGAAGCCUUCACUAACACGGAACAAAACUUCCUGAAUCGCCCUGUUACACCUCUCAGAAAACGUGUCUUUAAUAACAAUGGAUUGAUCAUGUCCAAUGGCCAGACAUGGAAAGAGCAAAGAAGGUUCACAAUGACGACACUCAAGAACUUUGGAUUAGGGAAAAGGAGCUUAGAGCAACGCAUACAGGAGGAGGCCAACUAUCUUGUGGAGGCUAUUGGAGCGGACAAAGGACAGCCUUUUGACCCUCACUUCAAGAUCAACAGUGCGGUUUCCAAUAUCAUUUGCUCCAUUACCUUUGGGGAGCGCUUUGAGUAUGAGGACAGUCUAUUUCAGGAGCUGCUGAGAUUAUUGGAUGAGGCCUCAUGUUUGGAGUCAUCAAUGAUGUGCCAGCUCUACAAUGUCUUUCCAACCAUAAUUAAAUAUCUUCCUGGAUCACAUCAAACAGUUUUGAGAAACUGGGAAAAACUGAAAUUGUUUAUUUCCUGUAUGAUGGACAGUCACCAGAAAGACUGGAACCCUGACGAACCAAGAGAUUUCAUUGAUGCUUUCCUUACAGAAAUGGCAAAGUACCGAGACAAGACUACUACAAGUUUCAAUAAAGAAAACCUCAUCUACAGCACCCUGGACCUCUUCUUUGCUGGAUCAGAGACAACAUCUAACAUACUGCGCUGGUCUCUGCUCUACAUAACUACAAACCCAGAAGUACAAGAAAAAGUACACUCUGAGAUCGACAGAGUAAUUGGCCAUAGGAGACAGCCAAGCACAGGUGACCGAGAUGCCAUGCCCUACACCAAUGCUGUCAUCCAUGAGGUUCUGAGGAUGGGCAACAUCAUCCCCUUGAAUGUUCCCAGGGAAAUGACAGCUGAUAGCACACUGGCUGGAUUCCACCUGCCUAAGGGCACCACAAUUCUGACCAAUUUGACUGGUCUUCACAGGGACCCCAAAGAGUGGGCCACCCCGGACACCUUCAACCCAGAGCACUUUUUGGAAAAUGGACAGUUUAAGAAGAGAGACUCUUUCCUGCCUUUCUCAAUGGGAAAGAGAGCUUGCCCUGGAGAACAACUGGCUCGAACUGAAUUGUUCAUUUUCUUCACUGCUCUUAUGCAAAAUUUCACCUUCAAACCUCCAGUCAAUGAGACGUUGAGCCUAAAGUUCAGAAAUGGCCUCACCCUUGCCCCAGUCAGCCACCGCAUCUGUGCUGUCCCCAGACAGUGAUGCUGGAGAAGCAAAGAGAAAGGAAAGAAGGAAUGACUUGCCCUUUGAAACCACUGGUGCCUACACACAUAGGAGGAAACAGAAUGAAGGUGACAGAGAAAAGAUGGGAAAACUUAGAGUAGAGAAACUGAAUCAAAUUCCUGGACUGCCGGCCCCUCAAGUUGGUUCUGAGUAUACACUUAUGUGCUCAUAAAAUUGCUGAAAGAAGAAUUAUUCUUUUCAUUUUUAAAGUGUAUGUAAAGGGAUACAGUGUAUUAAGAAUACUAUUUAACUUAUAAAUCACAUUAAAAGAGGUGUGCUU